UAAGGAAACGAAAGGCACUAUAUCUGAGGAGUUGGAAACAAAUGGUACAAAACUUAAAAAAGAUGUCAUACCAAUACUCGUAUCUUAUUUAGGUGAGGAUAAUUCAAGUGUUUAUGAAAAUUCAACAAUUAAUAUUGAAGAAGAUAACCCGGCUAGU